AAUUGGCCUGCUGAAUAACCAACUGUUAACAUCAAUCAAUCUCUCAAAUUGUAAACACACUAUAAAUAGAAGAGAUCUAAAGGAUAUACAAUAAGAUUUUCAAAAUGUCGACGCCGCGUCAGUAUUUUUGUUUCAUGAUUUUAUUAUUAUUAUUUUUGUUGUUGUUGGAAUGCCAAGACAUGUCUAAAGUGGAAUGUAGAUCAGCUGUACAGAUGGCUGUCAACGCUAAAGGCAAAAGAUCUGCAAGACAGCAUCAGGUUCAUCAUCAAGCCAACAAUCUCCCUAAAAAAGAUCCACCGUCAAAGACGAUAAAAACAUUUUUGCUGUCAGCGAUGUGUUCUGGAUGCCGAGGAAACUGCACCUGCAUGUCAAAAUUGGAGUGUUUUGCGCCUUGUGAGAGUCAAUUACUAAAACUGAGUGUCAACAAUGGUAUAAAUUUGUAAAACCUUGUUAGUUUGUUUUUGGCUUUUCUUUGUCAUUUCAUAAUACUAAUAGAGCUCAAUUUGAAAACA